AUGUGCGCCCAGUUGGAAAUGUUCGAGGUCACAAUUCAAAUUUGCAGCAGCAGUUGCGCGCACAUGAGUCAUGGACUGCCGCUGUAUGUCCCCAUCGACGGUGGGGCUGAUGGAGCCGACGAGAACACGUCGAUAUGGACGCUACCACGCCCACCAAUCGCUUACUCCAACUUGCCGCCUAUUGAUGCGUCUCGACUGAACAUGGCGAGCGUGAACAACCUCUUGCGUAACGUUCCUGCGUCGCUUCUACCUGAUCAUAAUCCCCCGGUCGUGCAAUGGGACACCCUGUCCCCGCUCCUUCGAACUGUCGUGACAGACGUUCCCGUGUUAUCACCAAAUGUGAAUCGGCCCCACCCUCCAUCAAAGCAACACAAGACGCCCGACAACGUUCACGAUGUGACCACCCCCGAACGUAAACGUCGUCAUGAAUCGUCGAACACGAGCGAUCCGAAGAACCCUCGCUUGUCGCGUGUGAAAGUCAUCCAGAUCGCCGAUGACGACGACGACGAGGAGGAAGGGCCGAGCACACCAGUUCCAGGCGACACGCAAGAAUCCAAGAAGAAGGCGAUUGUGCACAAGUACGAGGAAGAGUUGCACAGUCUCGUGGGUCGAUUGUCCACCUCUCCCGACGUGCCCCGCGUGACAAAGAAGAUCAUGCAGUCGCUGCAGUUGCUGCACAAAGCCCACAAGGACUUGAUCCAGCACGUGUCGUUCGACCUGCUUGGGAACCUCAUGUCCAUCUUGGACACCAGAGUAACGGACGCCUUGUCGAUUGAUUUGUUUGUUGUGGCGUAUGCCAACAGCGGCGACGCAGACUGGGAAGUGUCUGGCAUCGAUUACACCAAAUUGAACGACGUGGGGUGUGCGAUGGAUGCGGCCAGCUGCAUGUUGUACAUUAUGACGGCGCCCAACAUCGAUCGCCGUCUCUUGUCGGAAGAGUAUAUUGAGCACUGCGUUCAUUUGCUCAAACAUGUGCUGCAACGCCUAUUGUGCCCUUCGCUGGACAAUCUGGUCUUGUCCCAGCUAUUGCAAGACGCGAAAAGCACGGUCCACCCCAAGUAUCACGGCGCACUCAAGAAAAAGAUUGACAAAGUCGGACUGGUGCAUGUCACGAGUGCGUUCAUGGAGACUGUGGAAGAGCUCGUGACGGGUCUAAAGCUCCAGGACAGCUGGAUCUUGUCGCUGUCGAGGGCCGUGGUCGACACGUUUUCACUCGAGGGCAACCAAGCGAGCCAAGCCAACAUUUGCCUGCUCCAAGUCCGCGCCAGCGUGUUGGUGCGCGGCCUUUUUCUGCAUAAUCCGACCCACCGGCCGCUCUUGAUGGACGAUAUCUUCGCCGUGUUGCUCAAACUGCCCACGACCAAGCGCCACAUGCGGACGUUCAAGCUGUCGUCGCACGGGGGAGACGUUCAUGUGCAAAUGAUCUCGAUGAUGCUUGUGACGCUGGCGCAGGCCAGUGUCCGCGUGUCCAUGGACGCCGUGCGCGACACUGCCCGUGUGAUUGUGCACUCGUUGGUGCAAAAGUGCAUGAAGAAGGACGAAUCGCACGACUUUCGGCAAACGUUUGAGCACUUUGUGGACGACUUGCUGGCCAUGCUGCCGUCGCCCGAGUGGCCGGCCGUGCAUGUGAUCCUCGAGGCGCUGAGCGGCGGACUUACCAACCUCAUGGCGCAGCAAAAGACAAACAAGCUCGAGUCCCAGUCGUCGCUCUUGGCAUUGCACCUGCUCGGCAAGAUUUGCGCGUCCAUUCGGCAAAUUGCAUGCCAAGCCAAGGCGCACCCGAUCGAUACAUUGACGCAUCCUCCCGCCCUUGUGGAAUGCCGCGACCACGCGCGCCAGCUCCUCGCGUCCAAACAUGUGAACGACUCCAAUGCCAACGUAGCGCAGUGCAUGGUCUUGAUGUUCCUGGGAGAUCAAAGCGCCCACGUGUCGGUGGAUGCAGAGGAGUUUCACCGCGCGCAAUGCGCAUUCAGCGACGAGUUCCGCGCGCUCAAGGCGAACGUGACGCUGUCGAGCGCCGUGGGCCGCGUGCUCGUGACGGAAUUGGUGUCCCACCGCGACUUGUGCCUCCAUUUCGACCAAAUGCUGAUGGCAAUCAUGACGUUUUUGACGCGCGGCCAGCCGACGUUUCGCGCGCGGGUGUUGAAAGCACUGGGCAUGAUUGUGGACUGCGACCCGUUGUUGAUGGCGGACGACCAUCUGCAUCAAGCGAUCACGUUGAGUUUGUCGGACGAAGCCACGUCCGUGCGCCAGUCCGCCGUCGAGUUGGUGGGCAAGUACAUUGGCUUGCAGUCCAUGCUGUUCCCCAAGUACUUUGGCAUGUUGGCGGAUCGGCUGCGGGACAAAGGCAUCAGCGUGCGGAAGAGCGUGCUCAAGAUCUUCAAAACGUACUUGCAGCACACCCCCAUGAACCCAAACGACGAGGCCGAGUGCGUGUCCAAGGCGCUUCGAGCUCUUGUCGAACGGAUCGGCGUCGCCAGCGAAGACGAAAGCGUCAAGGACGCCGUGCUCGCCAUCCUGCAGGACGUCUGGUUUGGCUCGUCCGGCCACCGCAGCCGCAGCGGCCAUGCCGCGCACCACCAAGACACGGUCGUCACGCCGGCGAGUCUUCGGAAAAAGGCUGCCGCGACCAACUACAAAGUGCUGUCCAUGAUCGACGUCGUGCACCAUGUCCACAAUCCCGACUGGAUGGUGACGCUGAUUGGCCGGUUGAUGUCGAAGAAUGCUGUCGAGAUAGAAAGUGCGUGCGCGGCAAUGGUCUCGGAGCUGAUGGAGUUUUUGCUGCAAUUGGAAGAAGGCCACACCCUUCCGCGCUUGUCGUUUGACGACAACGAGGCCCAGCGAGUGGCUACGCUCAAGACGCUGCAUGUCAUUUGCCAAGCGUCGCCCCGGAUGGUGCUGCCGUACCUGGAUACGCUGACGGUGUACCUAAAGCAGGACGACCGGUUGACUAAACCCACGCAAAUGCACGUGCUUGCAAUGGCCGCCUCUAUGAUUGGCUUGGUGUUGCCCAGUGUCGAGAAACCAGUGGAGAAAUGGAUGGUCCAGCUAGAAAACGACCUGAAAUCCCUGGUCCUGGGCGCCCCGCCCCAAGUCGUCAAGCCAGCCGUCGACUGCCUCGCGACGCUGACAACGAGUGGUUUGCACCGCCCGCCGAAAUUGUUGCUCAAGAUCCUCGAAAUGCUCUACGCGUUUCUGGUCAAGUCGGAAACGCUGAUCAAGUUGGACAAACCGAUCUCGGACAAGCCAAAUCUGCUGCGAUCGCUGUUUGUGGCUGGAUUGGUGGCGGGCAGUUUGGAUUGGGAAGCGCAUUUCGAUCACAUCACGAGCCACGUCUUUGCCAAAGACAAGUUGGUGGAGAUGGUGUACGAUGUGUACGCUCGGUACUGCAACGUACCCAACUCCCACGUGCAUUUCAACGACGCGUUGCGCGUCAAGACAGUGCAAGGAUUGGGCUACUUAGUGCAAAAGAAUCCCCGCAUGCUGCUCAAGGCGCAGCAAGACCACACGCUCCAGACGAUGAUUUUGCACCCAGACCCGAAAGUGCGCACGCAAAUUCUGGCCAGUUUGACCGACUUGUUGCAAGGCGAAGAAGCGCGGUUGGAGAAACUGCAUGCGACCCAAGGCACAAAGGUGGGAAAAGAUCAAGUGCAAGGCGACCAAGAAGGCGACGCGUCGUUGAUUGGCGGCGUCAUGCAGGCGCAACUGCCCAACAUGCUCAAGGUGGCCACGCAAAAGGAAGCGUCGAUUCGAACGCAAGCCAUCGCGUGCAUUGGGCUGCUGCUCACCCAAGGCCUCAUUGCCCCCAUGCAGUGCAUCCCCACCCUCGUGGCCCUGGAAACCGAUCAGCUGGCGUCAGUGCGCGACACGGCUUACUUGCACCUGGUCGCGAUCCACGGCAAGUUCCCCAACAUGGUCAGUGGCCCGGCGAUCCAGGGCAUUUUCAGCUCGUACCAGUUUCAAACCCGAGCGUUUGGCAAGGCCAUCGUCUGCGACACUGACAACGUGUGCUAUCUGGGCCGCAUGUACCGCGCAUGCAUCCAAGGCAAUCGAUCCCAGCGCCAUGCGUUCUUCAAUGGUUUGCUGGGCGCGUUUCGAGAACGGGGCCCCGUGUUUACCGCGCUGGCAGCCAACCGGCUGACCCCCGCCGUGGCGUUGGGGUACUUGACGUAUGUCGCGCAAGUGCUGUCUGCGAUGCCGUACGACGUCGAGGACGAGCCGUUGUACGUGGUGUACACGAUCAACCGUGACGUGGCGCUCGGGUUGGGUGCGGUGCAAGACAAGGUGAAAAAAUACCUCGGCGACGACACAACGUUGGACAAUUUGCCAGAACCCCCCGACGCGCCCAUCAAGCCCGAAGUGGCGGCCGUGGGGCCCACGGCGUUCGCGUUGACACUGCUCGUGCGCCUCAAGAUGGCGCUCAAGGCAGCGUAUGGCCUCGACAAUGAAACAUGCCAAACGUUUCAAACGUCCAACACGACCAAGGCACGAAUUUGCGAUAUCGAACGUUUCGAACGCGUGUUUAUGAACGUAAUGUGUGGUGGUUGACGUAGGCCAAUGAAACGCCCGUAUCGCGCGCGGCGCACGAGUCGACUUUGAUCCCCAUGAACGUGGACGACAUGACGAUGGCGGUGGUGGGUGGGACCGGCAUGUCGAAUGGAUGGACACAACUCAAGCUCCUCGGCGAGGCCGCGGCCCAGGACCAGGCGCAAUUGGAUUUCGAUUGGGAACACCCACAGCUGACCAAGAAGAAAGCCAAACUACCCAAGCGCGGAGGCCAGCGCAAGCGAAAGCAAGCGAAUGAUGAGGACGAUAACGACCUGUUUUAGCGACGAGAUGGAGUAUAACUUAAUGGACAAUGGUGGCGACGAUGCGACAAAUGACCAGCUCGAGCGUCUCUGGCGACGCUUGAUGCAAGUCUUGCAGGGAUACACUGGUGGGUUGCUGC